AUAAGAUUUUCCACCGUCUCUGAAAAAUACACAAGUUCUAUUUGUUUCUUCAAUAUUUUUAACGCUGUCGUAGUGGCAUAGCUUUGUGCUCCAAACAAAUUGUCUUCAACAGAUUACACAUCCUUACCAAGAUGAUUUUACCUCUCUCUAUUAAUGGCGUGGUACGAAGAAUAGUUAAAAUAAAUUUUUGUUGCGUUUUCAAUAUUUACGUCAUUUGACGCCAUUACAGUAUAUUCAGCGUACGUCAAGUGACGUCAAAUUACAUUUCUUAUUGACCUAAGAGAACACAGGCGCGAUGGUUCAUUCAACAUGACAUAUCAACGAAAGAUUGCAUCAAUACGUCGAUAAUUAUGUCAUGGCCUUCGUUGAGGAUCAAACAACAAACAUGCUUGAUUAUCUCGUGUCAUCGCUGCAAGCAAUGCGUCACUCCAAGGACAUGUGCGACAUCGUUGUACGAUCAAUGAAUAACGUGGAUCAUGAUGCUCAUAGUGUUAUCUUGGCGGCGGCUAGUCCAGUGUUUAAAGUGAUGGUGACACGCGAAUUCAAGGAGUUUCACUCAAAGGUUAUAACAAUUCCUGAUGUUGAUGAAGAUAUGAUGGAGCAGAUACUAGAGUUUAUUUAUACUGGAGUUAUCGAGUUAAACAACGAAAAUGUGAUGGAACUGUUUGCUGUAGCAGAUAGAUUGGAACUUUCUUCUUUGAUUUAUCUUUGUAAAGUUUAUAUCUUGGAUCGAAUUGAUGUAAAUAAUUGCUCAGACAUUUUAAAUGCUGCAGGAGUCAGACGAUUAGGAGACCGAUAUUGUCAUCACGACUUGGUAGAAGCGUCGACAAGGUUCAUGCUACAGAUGUUUACCGAUUUUUCCAAUUCUCAAGAUUUCUUAGAAUUGACUAUCCUGGAGUUAUUAGAACUUCUAAAGCACGAUGAGUUGAACGUAGACCGAGAGGAGGCUUUGUUUGAUGCUAUCUUCAAAUGGGUAAGUCACGACAGAAAAGUUAGAGAUGAAUUUUUAGUCGAUUUGCUGAAAUGCCUUCGUUAUAAUAUCAUGCAUGAGAGAAACAUAGAACACACAUUCAAUAGCCAUCCGAUACUGAGACAUAAGCAAAUACAACAUUUUGGGAGACUGGUAAGCAGCGUUUGCCGCGAUUGUUCUAAUUACAUGGUGACCGAUUUAAUCCAACAGCGCGAUCUUAGGUGGUGGAAGCCGCAGCAUCGCAUCCCGGCUCAGCUCAUAUUUUGUAUUGGAGGAUGGAAUCGUGGCCGCACUCUCGAUAUCGCAGAAUGCUUUAAUAAUAAGUCACAAAAAUGGUAUAUAACUGACCAUGUACGUGAUCCAGCUGGUGGAAGGUGUUAUUUUGGUUUGGAGAUCAUUCAAAAUUAUGUAUACAUUGUAGGUGGAUAUGACGGCAGACAUUACUUAAAUACCGUCAGACGUUACAACCCAUUAACACGAGAGUGGUCAGAAGUCGCCAAUAUGCACAUAAGACGUUGUUUUAUAGCCGUAGUUGCAUUAAAUGAUGAACUGUACGCUAUAUCUGGUUUCGAUGGCAACAGAAGACUGACGUCUGUCGAAAAAUAUUCACACAAACAAAAUCAAUGGACUUUAUUGCAGCCGUUAAAUACUCCAAGAAGUGACGCGGCGUCGGUCGUUCAUGACGGUCGUAUUUACAUAUUUGGCGGUUAUGGAGGAGACAGUUUAUGUAGCUGCGAAAUUUACAAUCAAGAAACAGAUACCUGGAGUUAUAUUAUGCAAAUGAACUGCAAGAGAAGUGGAGCAACUGCAAUUUCAGUACCGGAACAAAAUAAAAUUCUUGUUUUAGGUGGGUAUAACGGAACGUCACGAGUAAAUACAACGGAAUUUUAUGAUCCCGAAGAGAACGAAUGGACGGAUGGACCGGCUAUGAUAAACUGUAGAAGCAAUUUUGCGACGUGUAUCAUCGGGAAAACGUUGUAUGUUAUUGGAGGCUACACUGGUCAUUCAACAAUUUCCGAAAUUGAGAAACUUGACUUCACAAGUUGUUCUUGGAGUAGUAUGCCGUCACUUAACUAUCCACGCAGUGCGAUGAAAGCAGUAUUGCUUGGAAACCUACCAAACGCUUCAGAUUAUUUCGAGCAUGGCACAGAAGCAACACAAAAUUCUGAUACCGGUCUCACACGAUAUCAUCAAGUAGAUGAAAUAGUUUAGUCAUAGAAAAAACAUGAAAACGGGA